AUCACCUUCCACCUCCAAGAUAUCAAACUUCUCGGCAUCAGUAAUUAAGCCCAAAACUCUCCUCGAUCCUAGUUAAGGUAGCAACCAUGGCAUCUUCUCUGAUCUUUACGGUGAGCCGAAGGGAGCCCGUGCUCGUUGCACCGGCGAAGCCCACACCGCACGAGUUCAAACCCCUCUCGGACAUCGAUGACCAGGAGGGCCUGAGGUUUUACAGCUCUGGCAUCCAUUUCUACCGCAACGAUCCCUCCAAGGAGGGACGGGACCCGGCAAGGGUCAUAAAGGAGGCCCUUGGGAAGGUCCUCGUGCACUACCAUCCGAUCGCUGGCCGCCUUCGGGAAUGGCCCGGGAGGAAGCUGGUGGUGGAGUGCACCGGCGAAGGGGUGGUGUUCGUGGAAGCCAACGCUGAUGUCCGGCUCGAGGAGUUCGGCAAUGCACCCAGUCCACCCUUUCCUUGCGUGGAGGAGCUGCUCUACGAUACAGAGAGCUUGGGAAGCGACCUCGACUGCCCCUUGCUCUUUGUUCAGGUGACGCGACUCAAGUGCGGAGGCUUCAUCUUUGGUCUGCGGAUCAACCACACGAUCAUGGACGCACCGGGGGUGGUGCAGUUCCUCACUGCCCUGGGCGAGAUGGCGCGCGGGGCAGCUGCCCCUACCGUGCCGCCCGUGUGGGAGAGAGAGCUGCUCACCGCCCGCUGCCCCCCUCGCAUCACCCACGUCCACCCGGAGUACGAGUUCUCGGCCGCCACCGACGUGAUGACUACCGUCCCCCUGUCCGACAUGGUGAACCGCUCCUUCUUCUUCGGCCCCAGGGAGAUAUCCGCUCUAAGGAAGUACGCGCCCCCGCACCUGCGCCCCACCAGCUCCAGGUUCGAGCUGAUCACCGCCUCCGUCUGGCGGAGCCGCACCGCGGCCCUCGGCUACGACCCCGACGACGAGGUCCGCGUCCUCUUCGUCGUGAACGCCCGCGGGCGGCGCAGCCCGCCCCUGCCGUCGGGGUACUACGGGAACGCGAUGGCAUUUCCAGUGGCCUCGUCGGCGGCGGGCAGGCUGAGGCGGAGCCCGCUGGGGUACGCACUGGAGGUGGUGAAGAAGGCCAAGGCGAGCGUGACGGACGAGUACAUGCAGUCGGUGGCGGACCUGAUGGUGCUCCAGGGUAGGCCGCACUUCGCCAUGGCUCGGACCUACCUCGUGUCGGACGUGACCCGGGCGGGCUUCGAGGCGGUGGAUUUCGGGUGGGGGGAGGGGGUCUACGGCGGCCCGGCCAGUGCUGGUAUCGGGGGGGCCGGCGUUGCCAGCUUCUACACCUGGCACAGGAACGAUUCGGACGAUGUGGGGUCACCAGUGACUCCACACUCAUAUGGAGCAGCAUCCAGCUCUCAGAAUCAGUGGGGUACUAUCGAUUCUUAUCUCCUCAUGAUGAGGAGGCUAGCUGUUCAAUCUUUGGACAGGUGGCCACAAGUGGAUUAUGCAGAGUACGUCGUUGCACGGCAUAAUGAUGAUCCAUCCACUCAGUCCCUCAACCUUGUGGGAUGGCUCAAGGUCAUCAGAGGGACAUGGGAGGCAAUUGCAAGGGUUAGAAGUCAGCAGUACAGGAACACAAAUAGAAUGAUGGACAUGGUUAUAGAUGUGUCUGGUCCUGAAUUUGACUGGGAUAUGGAGGACGAUCCAAAAGCUGACAAUGGUGAUUUCUAUCAUAUACUGAAAGAUGCUAAUGAACCAUUAUGCAUCUCGUCAUCACCGAGAGGAACUGGAGCAGGAGUUGGAGGGGCUGGAGCUAGAGCUGGAGGGACUGGAGUAGGAGCUGGUGGUGCUGGAGCUAGAGCUGGAGUUGGAGCUGGAGGGGUUGGAGCUGAAAUGCUAGCCAACAUAUCCUGA